AUGGGCGGUGCAGCCCUCUUGCUGCCACUGCUCGCCACAGACACCCUGGGUAUAGUCACAGACACCCUGGGUAUAGUCACAGACACCCUGGGUAUAGUCACAGACACCCUGGGUAUAGUCACAGACACCGUGGGUAUAGUCACACUCCAGUUUCUCCAUCCCAGGCUCUACUCACAACGCCACAGCCCUCCUGCCACAGCGCUGCUUGAUCCGAGCCGUGCCGUUCUGCACCGUGCUACCCCGCACCUGUCAGCUCCUGCCUUGCUCCUCCUUUCUCCACUUUCUGCACUUCCCUCCGUUCCUCUCUCCGCCCCGUCUCUCCUCUGUGCUUGCUGCCCUACUCUCCUCGUGCCGUUCCUCCUCUGCUCGGAGCGCACUACCCCUCCCAUUGCCCUCAUGCCCCAUCCCGACCACACAGCAGCACCCUCAUCACCCUCAUCACCUUCUGCCUGCCCCUCCCUGCCGUCCCUCCCUGCCGUCCCUCCUUGCCGUCCCUCCCUGCCGUCCCUCCCUGCCGUCCCUCCCUGCUGCCCCUCCCUGCGCGCCUCUGCCCCUGGUGGCGGCAUGGCAUGUGCCCUCACCCCAUGGCAUGUGCCCUCACCCCAUGGCAUGUGCCCUCACCCCAUGGCAUGUGCCCUCACCCCAUGGCAUGUCCCCUCACCCCAUGGCAUGUGCCCUCACCCCAUGGCAUGUGCCCUCACCCCAUGGCAUGUGCCCUCACCCCAUGGCAUGUGCCCUCACCCCAUGGCAUGUGCCCUCACCCCAUGGCAUGUGCCCUCACCCCAUGGCAUGUGCCCUCACCCCAUGGCAUGUCCCCUCACCUCACCCCAUGGCAUGUCCCCUCACCCCAUGGCAUGGCAG